CCCGAUGAUAUAGGCAAGGAGGUGUGAGGGGAAGGUGAUAUCUGAGCGGUCUGCUUGAUCUUGCGGGGUUGUGGAUUGUGGGAGGAAGGCGUAACUUGAACUUCGUCUGACGGACACGUGGCAGCGGGGAAGAUCUUUCAAAGAGCACGAAGAAGAGAUAGCUAUGGCGGACCCAGCUUCCGCGGCAGAAGCGGGAGGCGAUGACGCCGAGAAGACGAUCUCCUCACGCAACAAAGUUGAGGGAUUUCUGAACGGACUUCCUGAGAAUGUCAGAGCUCGGGUCGAGCAGCUGCGUUCCCUCCAGUCCAGAAUAGAUGAAGCUAUGAAAGAAUGGGACAAACAGGAGGCGGCUAUGGCGGCGGCUAUGGCGGCUAUGGAGUCAACUGCUGCCGGAGGUGCAACGGUCUUGACAACGACUGCUGUUGUUGCUGACCCAUCGUCACAAGGGGAAUCCAUAGCAAAGGAACCUAAGAAGGAAUCUCCGAACGAAAUCUGUCCCGAUUCCGUCGUAGAUUUCGAAAAGGUUAUUGAGGAUUUGUACAGAGAGAGGUUGGAGCUGAUUACGGCCGGGGGGGGUGUGGAGGGAGACGAGGGAUCGAGUCCUGGACCCAAAGAAGACGCUUUUCCUCCCUUCUGGUCAACAGCUAUGUCCAAGUGCGCUCUGGGCCAGUUUAUCUCUCUUGCGGACGGCGAAGUGCUGAAGAAUCUUCGCGAUAUCCGAUGCAAGGUGAUUGAUGACGUGGACAUCGAUCGGGAUGACGAAUCGGAUGGCGGGAAAGACGCCCUGACGUCGUCAUCAAAAAAUCACGGUAAGGAUGAACGCGGCGGGCGGCGCCGCCCCCGCCGCCCCCAUUCUUUCACUCUCGAAUUUGUCUUCCAUCCCAACGAGUACUUCACAAACGAGGUCCUCAGCAAAACGUUUUACGUCAAUGGCGCUGAGGACGAUCCGAAGGUGUGGAAAGUCGAUGGUACCAAGAUCGAUUGGAAAGAAGGUCGUAAUCUGUGUGUAUCUAAGCGGUCAAGAAGUCGGAUUAGGGCUUUAUGGAAAUCCGUGUGGAACGAUGGGGAAGAGGAGAAGCCAAACUGUGUGGCUGAACCUGGACCGAAGGGUGGACCAGGUGCCGAACCAGAGUCGACGGCUGCACCAGGUUCUGAACCUGGAUCGACAGCUGGACCAGAGGCGGUAUCUGGUGCCGAAGCUUCUUUUGAAAACAGUGACAGCUUUAAGUCGUUCUGGACGGCUUCGUUCGGCGAUUGUGGCGCUGUAGAUGAAGAUGAUUGGAAGAGUUUCUUCGAUUUCUUUGGCCCAAUUUUUGUGGAUUUCCCGCCCCGCCCUGUUCUCUACCCACCUACUCUUCCUCCUAUCAUUACCACUAAUAGUGAUGGGACCACCACUACCGUUAGUCGUCCUCCUCAUCCAAAUUCAUUUGUCACUACGAUUACUUACACUGGUACAACCGUUACGUUAUCGUCCGUUAUGGACAAUAAGACAAAGAGCGAUCACGAAGAUACUAACGGUACUAACAAGGAUGGUGAAAAGGUUGAUAACGCAAGUGCUACCGGUAGUGGUGAUGAUUGUAAGGUGUUUCAAGUCAGAGGUGUCACUUACGAAUUAGAUAAGCUGAGGGAUCGAUUGCUAGACCACUAUAUAAUAGGGUUGGCGAUCAAAGACAACUUGAUUCCAAGGGCGGUUCACUGGUACACAGGAGAAGCAGUGGAAGAUGACGACGAGGACGAGGAGGAAGAUGAGGACUUCGAUUGAAAUUCCGAGGAGAAGGAGAUGAUGGAAGACAGGAGGACGAAGGACGAAUUGAUGAAUAAGUGGGAUUAAUGUCACUAGGAGUGGAGAUACAACGUCGAGGAAAUUCUGGUACAUACACAAGAGGAGGUGUGGACGGCGAACCCCUUGACACCCACGAGGAGCCAUGGCGACGAAGAGGUUGACGACAUCAAAUAAGAUAAUCUACGGAGAGAUGGGAGAAAGGGGAGGGACGUGUUGCGGUGUUGAAGAAGGAAAUUGACCCACAGGUUUGAGAAGACACGUGUCGACGUUCUCACCGUGUCUCUUUCAAUAUAUGAUGGCACACACAGUGCCAUCCUUGCCGCGCUAUUUUCUGUUUUUUUCUCUCUCUCUAUCCUAUCCUUCCUUUUGGUGCUUGUCUGAUCGAGCGACCAUGUGACGUCGAAUCAAAACACGCGCAGAACAUGGACUUAUUCGACCAGCACUCACUACUGAAGGACCAAGAGCUCAAUGCACCGGUUGGUUGGCCGUCAGGAGGGGGGGGGGGGGAGAGAGAGAGAGAGAGAGAGAGAGAGAGAGAGAGAGAGAGGAAGGAGGAAUAAGAAGGGCGAGAAAGCUGUCAGUAGGGGUUAGGAGGAAAGAGAGAGAGGGAGAAGGGAAAUGGAAAGAGGAAAAAGGGGGAAAAGAGACGAAGGAGGAGGGAGGAGGGAGGAGGAGGGGGAGGAGGAGGGAAAUGAUGGAGAAUUCCUUCGUCAUAAGAGAUUGAGGAGAGAAAUGAUGAUCUGCGUCAUCCUGAGAAAGGGGAGGAGUAGAUGAUGGAAGGGAAGAGGAGAAGAUGGUGAAAGGGAAGAGAGGAGAGAACAAGGAGACUGGGGGGGAGUAAUGAAAGAAGAGCGGAGAAUCAGACGGAGAGGAUGAGGAUGAGCGUGAUGAAUGUCUUUGGUCAAUAUCAAGAGGAGGCAGUAACGAAACAGGACAAGAGGAGGCAGAUCAGACAACUGCAGGUCAGCGGAAUUGGAGUGAUAGAAGGGUAUACGUAGACUAACCCAUUUACGAUCGAAGGGUAUGCAUAGACUAUCCCAUGUAUAGCUACCGGAGAGAGAGAGAGGGGGGGGGAAGGGAGGGGGGGACAAGGACAGAAAGGAGCACCAUCAAAGCACUUUCACAGGGCUGAGCGCUUCCUGCAAGUAAACUGCAUUAUUGGUA